ACGGAACGCGAUUAUUCUUCGAGCAACCACGAAAGUACGUGGUGUGUGCGGAACAGAUUUUUUAUAGUGUUAAGUAAUUUAUUAAGUUCACAUUAACAAAAAUGAGGGAAAUCGUGCAUAUUCAGGCUGGACAAUGCGGCAACCAGAUUGGAGCCAAGUUCUGGGAGAUCAUCUCCGACGAGCAUGGCAUCGACCCUACUGGUGCCUACCACGGCGACUCGGACCUGCAGUUGGAGCGCAUCAACGUUUACUACAAUGAGGCCUCCGGCGGCAAAUACGUGCCCCGAGCGAUCCUUGUGGAUCUCGAGCCCGGCACCAUGGACUCUGUCCGCUCGGGACCCUUCGGACAGAUCUUCCGCCCCGACAACUUCGUGUUCGGACAGUCGGGCGCCGGCAACAACUGGGCCAAGGGACAUUACACCGAGGGUGCUGAACUAGUCGACUCCGUCUUGGACGUAGUUCGUAAGGAAGCAGAAUCCUGCGACUGCCUCCAGGGCUUCCAACUCACACACUCGCUCGGCGGCGGUACCGGCUCCGGCAUGGGCACCCUCCUUAUCUCCAAAAUCAGAGAAGAGUACCCCGACAGAAUCAUGAACACAUACUCAGUCGUCCCCUCGCCCAAAGUGUCAGAUACAGUAGUAGAACCUUACAACGCCACACUAUCAGUCCAUCAACUAGUCGAAAACACUGACGAAACCUACUGCAUUGACAACGAGGCUCUCUACGAUAUCUGUUUCCGCACGCUCAAACUAUCCACACCCACGUACGGCGACCUCAACCACCUGGUGUCGCUCACCAUGUCAGGCGUCACCACCUGCCUGCGAUUCCCCGGCCAGCUGAAUGCGGAUCUCCGCAAGCUGGCUGUCAACAUGGUCCCCUUCCCGCGUCUGCACUUCUUCAUGCCUGGGUUCGCGCCACUCACGUCCCGCGGCAGCCAGCAGUACCGCGCCCUCACCGUGCCCGAGCUCACCCAGCAGAUGUUCGACGCCAAGAACAUGAUGGCUGCCUGCGACCCGCGCCACGGCCGCUACCUCACCGUCGCCGCCAUCUUCCGUGGCCGCAUGUCCAUGAAGGAGGUCGACGAGCAGAUGCUCAACAUCCAGAACAAGAACUCGUCCUACUUCGUGGAAUGGAUCCCCAACAACGUGAAGACCGCCGUGUGCGACAUCCCGCCGCGCGGUCUCAAGAUGGCCGCCACCUUCAUCGGCAACUCGACCGCCAUCCAAGAGCUGUUCAAGCGCAUCUCGGAGCAGUUCACCGCUAUGUUCAGGCGCAAGGCUUUCUUGCAUUGGUACACCGGCGAGGGCAUGGACGAGAUGGAGUUCACGGAGGCGGAGAGCAACAUGAACGACCUGGUGUCCGAGUACCAGCAGUACCAGGAGGCCACCGCCGACGAGGACGCCGAGUUCGACGAGGAGCAGGAGCAGGAGAUUGAGGACAACUAAGCUCCCCCCGACCCUCCCACCUGUCGACGUCACACUUACCCCUCCCCGGUGUCCCGCCUCUCGGGCGCCUGCAUUUAGCUUCUUUUAGUAUUUUUGUACGUACAGUUGGACAUGGUUACGUUUCAUUUCCCAAGGGAGUGACAUUGAUGUUCGGUAGCAUGAAUCGCGUUUACAUUCCCAGUUUUCCUUGGCCGAAGGGCGCUCUCGGAUGUUUAUUGGCAUAAACAGGCACCCACUUGACGUGAUCCCUUCGACGUACCAUCCGCGGUGCUUCACUACUGAUGACACACAAAGGAAAAGAUCUUUUUUUUUGAUAAGGCUGAACUUAAUUUUUAAACCUAAGUUUUAAUUUUAAUACUUUGUUUUGUAACCAGUGUGAUGAGUUCAAGCUUUUUGACCAAAAAGCUGAUGUCGUACAAUUUUUCGAAGUCGAUCAAAGUUUUUAAUUAUUAUUAUAUUCCGGCUGGUGAAUUAAUAAACUACAAUGAUUUUA